AUGGAUAUUUCGAAACCUGUUGGCUCCGAAAUCACGUCGGUUGAUUUCGGUGUGAUGGCCUCACAAGACAUUCGCAAUGUCUCUGCUAUGCAAAUUACGAAUCCAACGGUCCUGGACAAUCUAGGCCAUCCUAUAUCCGGAGGGUUGUACGAUUUGGCAUUGGGUGCUUUCUUGCGUAACCUAUGUGCCACCUGUGGCUUGGACGAGAAAUUUUGUCCGGGCCAUCAGGGCCAUAUCGAAUUGCCGGUUCCUUGCUACAAUCCGCUAUUCUUCAGUCAAUUGUACAUCUACCUCAGAAGUACUUGUCUGUACUGUCAUUCGUUCAGGUUGAAGGCUGGGGAAGUACAUCGUUAUGCCUGCAAACUCAGACUUUUGCAGUACGGUCUCAUCGACGAGUGCUAUUUGCUCGAUGAGAUCCGCGUGGGCACACUUGAAAACGCUGUAGACGAAGCAGAAGAGGGUGAAGAGGGCGACGACGAAAAACCUUCCAAACCUUUGGAUGCCAGAUUGCUAAAAGAACUAAAGGUGAAACGUAGGGAAUUUACUGAUCUCUGCAUAGCCUCCGCACUUUCGGAUGGUCGUACUACUCAGAAGGGCACUUUCACUGCAACUGUCAAUGAUGAAAGGAAAAAACUAAUUCACGAUUUCCACAAGAGGCUUUUGUCAAGACCUAAGUGUGACAACUGUGGGAUGUUUUCACCCAAAUUCAGAAAGGACGGUUUCACCAAAAUUUUUGAAACUGCUCUAACGGAAAAACAGCAGACCAACAAUAAAGUAAAAGGUCUUAUUCGUGCCGACGUAAUUAAAAAGCAGCAGCAGCGGCGCAAGCUUGCUGGCGACAAGGACAACAAGGGCGACGAUGACAUGGAUGUUAGCGAGGACUUUGGGUAUGGCAGAGACUCCACUGCAAGGCCCAAGACAGGUUCGACUUAUAUCUUGUCCACCGAUGUUCGCAGCAUUUUACAAAGCGUAUUCAAAAAAGAGCAAGAAGUAUUACAAUACGUCUUUCACUCAAGGCCCAAUCUCGCAAAGAAGCUGGUAAAAGCUGACAUGUUUUUCCUAGAUGUCGUAAUUGUUCCACCCACUCGUUUCCGGUUGCCUUCCAAAAUGGGUGAAGAGAUUCACGAAAAUACCCAGAACCAGCUUUUGUCCAAAAUCUUGACUACAUCAUUGCUGAUAAGAGACUUGAAUGAAGAAAUGUUGAAACUACAGAAGGACAAGGUGUCCGUUGAUGAUAAAAGAGUCAUUUUCAACAGACUCAUGAACGCUUUUGUUACCAUUCAAAACGACGUGAACGCUUUCAUUGACUCUACCAAAGCACAAGGAAACCAGGGCGGGAAAGUUCCUAUUCCAGGUGUUAAGCAAGCCUUAGAAAAGAAAGAGGGUCUUUUCAGAAAGCACAUGAUGGGUAAGCGUGUUAACUACGCGGCGAGAUCUGUCAUUUCCCCCGAUCCCAACAUUGAAACUAAUGAGAUUGGUGUGCCACCUGUCUUCGCUACUAAGUUGACAUACCCUGAGCCUGUCACAGCUUACAACAUUGCUGAGCUCAGACAAGCCGUGAUAAAUGGUCCCGACAAGUGGCCCGGCGCUACUCAGAUUCAAAAUGAGGACGGGUCUUUGGUGUCACUUAUCGGGAUGACCACCGAACAGCGCAAAGCUCUUGCGAAUCAACUUUUAACCCCAUCUUCGCAUAGCUCCACCCAUUCUUUGAACAAGAAGGUCUAUCGUCACAUUAAGAACCGAGACAUCGUCAUCAUGAACCGUCAACCUACUCUGCACAAAGCUUCUAUGAUGGGUCACAAGGUUAGAGUUUUGCCUGGUGAAAAGACCUUGCGUUUACAUUAUGCUAACACAGGUGCUUAUAAUGCUGACUUCGAUGGUGAUGAAAUGAAUAUGCACUUUCCUCAAAACGAGAAUGCCAGGGCUGAAGCUUUUAACCUUGCUAAUACUGACUCUCAAUACUUGACUCCUACAUCGGGGUCGCCUGUUAGAGGUUUGAUUCAAGAUCAUAUCUCAGCUGGUGUAUGGUUAACAAGCAAGGACAGUUUCUUCACAAGGGAGGAAUACCAGCAGUUCAUCUACGGUUGUAUUAGACCUGAAGAUGGACACGCUACAAGAAAUAAACUCGUUACCGUAUCUCCGGCUGUUUGGAAGCCUGUUCCGCUCUGGACGGGUAAACAAAUCAUAACGACAGUACUUCUCAAUGUGACGCCUGCUGACAUGCCAGGUAUCAACUUAAAGUCCAGCAAUAAAAUCAAAAACGAUUACUGGGGUAAAGGCUCCCUUGAGAACGAGGUGCUUUUCAAAGAUGGUCAACUCUUGUGUGGUAUCUUGGACAAAUCUCAGUACGGUGCUUCCAAAUAUGGUAUCGUGCAUGCUUUACACGAGGUGUAUGGCCCAGACGUGUCAGCGAAGGUCCUUUCCGUGCUAGGAAGACUCUUCACCAAUUACAUCACGUCGACCGCCUUCACCUGUGGUAUGGAUGAUCUUCGUUUGACGGAUGAAGGCAAUAAGUGGAGAAGAGAUAUCCUGAAGACCUCCCAUGAUGUUGGUCGUGCGGCCGCAUCUGAAGUCACUAAUCUAGAUAACAACGUCAGUGCCAGCGACCCAGAGCUCUUGAAACGUUUGGAAGAAAUUUUGAGAGACGACAACAAGUUAGGCAUUUUGGAUGCUGUGACGUCUUCCAAGGUGAACACUGUUACCUCGCAGGUUGUCUCUAAGUGUAUCCCUGACGGUACCAUGAAGAAGUUCCCAUUGAACUCGAUGCAGGCCAUGGCCUUAUCUGGUGCCAAGGGCUCAAACGUUAAUGUGUCUCAGAUUAUGUGUCUGCUUGGACAGCAAGCUUUGGAAGGUAGAAGAGUACCUGUUAUGGUUUCCGGUAAGACCUUGCCUUCUUUCAAGCCGUUUGAAACUGAAGCAAUGGCUGGUGGUUACAUUAAGGGCCGUUUCUACUCAGGUAUCAAGCCUCAGGAAUACUAUUUCCAUUGUAUGGCUGGCCGUGAAGGUUUGAUUGACACAGCUGUCAAAACUUCAAGAUCAGGUUAUCUGCAGCGUUGUUUGACCAAGCAAUUGGAGGGUGUUCAUAUUUCAUAUGACAACUCUGUCAGAGAUGCUGACGGAACACUCAUUCAAUUCUUGUAUGGUGGUGAUGCUGUUGACGUCACUCAGGAAUCGUACAUGAACCAGUUCAAGUUCUGUGCUGAUAAUUACGAGGCUCUAUUGAAGAAAUACAAUCCUUCUGCUUUAAUCGAGCAUUUGGAUGUGGAGAGUGCUUUGAAGUACUCCAAGAAAGCUCUCAAACACAGAAAGAAGAAUGCAAAUGUCGCUCAUUACUCUCAAAAGGUAAAAUAUGAUCCGGUUGUCUCUAAGUACAAUCCCUCGAAGUAUUUGGGCUCCGUCUCCGAGAACUUCCAGGACAAAUUGGAAGGUUUUAUUGAUUCCAACGAAGAGCUUUUCAAGGGUGGUGACAGUGUUGGUGAGAAGAAGUUCCGCGCUCUCAUGCAACUCAAGUACAUGCGCUCCUUGAUCAACCCAGGUGAGGCUGUCGGUAUCAUUGCUUCGCAGUCCGUUGGUGAACCUUCGACUCAGAUGACUUUGAACACAUUUCACUUUGCUGGUCAUGGUGCUGCUAAUGUGACAUUGGGUAUUCCACGUAUGAGAGAGAUCAUUAUGACAGCUUCUGCUGCAAUCAAGACUCCUCAAAUGACGUUGCCAAUUUUGGACGAUGUCACAGAUCCUCAGGCCGACACUUUCUGUAAAUCCAUUACCAAGGUUAUGUUAUCCGAAGUCGUGGAUAAGGUCGAGGUAACUGAAUCUACUGGCAGUUCAGAAGGCUCUACGGGCUCACGUUCUUAUUUCAUCAACAUGAAGUUUUACGGCAGUGACGAAUACGGCGAAGAGUACGACGUUUCUAAAGACGAGCUGCAAAGUGUCGUGGCUGAAAGAUUCUUGAAAUCUCUAGAGACCGCUAUCGUGAAGGAAAUCAAGAAACAGAAGAGGACUGCUCCUUCGGAAAUCGGUGUGGCCCUACCAAGAGCCCAAAUUGCCAUAGCAUCUGGGGAUGGUGGAAAGAUUUCUGAUGAGGACAACGACGAGCAGGAAUCGCGCCAGAAGACCAAGCAAGCGGUGUCUUACGACGAGCCUGACGAUGAAGAGGUCGAGACAAUGAGAGAAGCUGAAAAGUCUUCGGACGAGGAGCUAGAGUCCGAGAUGGACUCUGACACGUCAGACUCGGAAACCGAGGGUGACGGCGAGACCGCUGCUGCCGCUGAAAAGGUCAAGAACGGUUUAACCAAGUCUCAACGCGACAGACAAUCGGCCAUCAUUUCAUCACAUCGUUUCGUCACCAAAUAUAACUUUGACGACGAGGAUGGUGAAUGGUGUAGAUUCAAUAUCGAGUUGGCUGCAGAUACCGAGAAGCUGUUGAUGGUCAAUAUCGUUGAAGACAUUUGCCGGAAGUCUGUCAUUAGAGAGGUGAAAAGUAUUGAUCGCUGUGUCCAUGUGGAACCAGACAAUGGAAAACGCGUGCUAGUGACUGAAGGUGUCAAUUUCCAAGAAAUGUGGGACAUGGACGCCUUCAUUGACGUGAAUGCCAUCACCUCGAAUGACGUGGCAGCUGUCUUGAAAACUUACGGAGUGGAAGCUGCGAGAAACACGAUUGUGAACGAAAUCAACAACGUUUUCUCCAGAUACGCGAUUUCGGUAUCUUUCCGUCACUUGGAUCUGAUCGCUGAUAUGAUGACCAGACAAGGUACUUACCUGGCCUUUAACAGACAAGGUAUGGAGACUUCCACAUCUUCUUUGAUGAAAAUGUCUUACGAGACUACAUGUCAGUUCUUGACCAAAGCAGUUUUGGACAGCGAAACCGAGCAACUGGAGAGUCCAUCGGCAAGAAUUGUCCUCGGUAAACUAAACAAUGUUGGAACUGGGUCUUUUGACGUUUUGACCAAGGUUCCCGCGUCGCAUUAA